AAAUACACGCAUAUAUUGGACACGUCGAUACACGGAAAGAAAAGAAUGAGAAAAUGUUUGCGUGUAUUUUUUCGGCGUUAUUAAAAUAAAUAUUACUCACGUUCGUGUCAACGAAUAUAUCGUACGUAUAUAUAAAUAUAUAUAUUUAGGUCUAUACACUCAUUCUCUUUCUGUGUGUAUCUGUUUGUUGUUGCGUUGUUAUAUUCAGAGACAAACACAAAAGUCAAAACGUUAAUCAACGAACAUGGUUGCCAUGUUAUAGAAGGGCGUUGUUGAUCGAAUUUUUGUGUUGUUUUCGAUAUUUCAUUUUCUAUCCAAACGUUUUAGUGCAUUUUAGAUAUGAUAUUGAAUUUUUUUUGUUGUUAAGAAUUAGUGUUUGAUUCAGUGAAUUUAUUUUAAAGCAGCUAGUGUUAGAGUUCCACCCGAAUGUGUGGCUGGAACAAUUGCGGUUGAUCGCGAACACAAAACAACAAAUUUGGUGUGUGUGAAUCAUGGGUGUGACGGCGGUAAUUUGGCGCAGCUAUUUCGGAUUUGGCCUGUUGCUUUGCGUAACCGUUUUGGCACAAUAUGAAUGGCAGCCACGAGAUGCAUUCGAUGAAAUUCGAGUUAAAAUGGAUAAAGUAACAGCGGAUAAUUGCCAGAUCCAGCAUUUAGGCGAUCUCUAUCUACCUGAUGACUCAGUGUCGCACCUGAUCGACAUUAAAGAAAUCAACAUCAAUCCCGUGUUCCCCAAUCGAACGGCAUUGUUGCAUUUGCACAACAUGGCAUUGAGUCGAUCGUUUUUCUGGAGCUACAUUCUGCAAAGUCGUUUCAUUCGACCAGCCAUCAAUGAUACCUACGAUCCCGGAAUGAUGUAUUACUUCUUGUCAACGGUAGCUGAUGUAUCGGCCAAUCCAUUCAUCAACGCAUCAGCAAUCUAUUUCUCCCCAAACAGUUCGUAUACGUCAUCGUAUCGUGGUUUCUUCAAUAAAACAUUCCCACGUUUCGCUCCGCGUACAUUCCGAAUGGACGAUUUUAACGAUCCAAUUCAUUUGCAAAAGAUCUCCACGAUGAACACGUUCGAUGUCCGAGAUUUGGGUGCCAUUCCAUCGGAUUCACUGUCAAAAGAUUAUACAACCGAUUUCUAUAAGAUCAACGAAUGGUAUCGGAUGUGGUUGCCAGACGAUGUUGAAAAUCGGCAUGACACAAAAACUACGUAUCAGGUGGAAAUUCGAUAUGCGAAUAAUACGAAUGAAACGUUUACAUUCCAUGGGCCGCGCGGUGCUGACGAAAAUCCUGGACCAGUGAAGUUUACACGACCCUACUUCGAUUGUGGCAGAUCGAAUAAAUGGCUGGUGGCGGCAGUCGUUCCUAUAGCUGAUAUUUAUCCACGUCAUACACAGUUUCGGCACAUAGAAUAUCCCAAAUAUACGGCGGUGUCAGUGUUAGAAAUGGAUUACGAACGUAUUGACAUAAAUCAAUGUCCGAAAGGUUCGGGCAACAUCGGACCGAAUAAAUUCGCCGACACGGCCAGAUGUAAGAAGGAAACAACCGAAUGUGAACCGAUACAUGGUUGGGGUCUACGGCGUGGUGGAUACCAGUGUCGAUGUAAACCGGGCUUUCGUCUACCGAAUCAUGUGCGUCGACCAUUCCUGGGUGAGAUUGUCGAACGAGCUUCGGCUGAACAAUACUACAAUGGAUUUGAUUGCUUAAAAAUCGGAUGGGUUCAAAAAGUGCCAAUCGAUUGGGAGCGUGCUCCGUACCACAUUCGUGAACAAUACUUGGACAUGCACUACGAGUAUCGUAAUAUAACAAAGGGAGCGGCAUCGUUGCAUCAAAGCAAGGUCAAUGUUGAUGCUGCAGUCAAUUUUAUCAACACAGUGAAUCCAUCAUCGUGUCGAAAUUUCCAUCCUCAAGAUUUAGUGCUUCACGGCGAUGUUAGCUAUGGUGCGAAGGAAUUUUUCGAAAAUGAAGCUAAAAUGGCAUUACGUUUGGCCAAUUUCAUAAGUGCCUUUUUGCAAAUCUCCGAUCCAAAUGAAGUGUAUUCAGGCAAACGUGUUGCUGAUCGGCCAUUGACCGAAGAUCAAAUGAUUGCCGAAACAUUGGCAUUGAUUAUGGGCAAUACUCGAAUUUGGGCAGCCGGCGUCUAUUGGGAACGAAAUAAAUUUACAAAUCGUACAUUAUUUGCGCCAUUCGCCUACAAACAAGAGUUGAACGUUCGUAAAUUCAAAGUCGAAGAUUUGGCUCGGUUGAACAAAACAAAUGAAAUUUAUACGGAAAAACCAUGGUAUCGAUUCUUGAAGCAACGUUGGUCAACCAAUUUCGAUUCGCUGGAUAAACAUUAUAUGAAAAUUAAGAUUCGUCACAACGAAACCGGUGAAUUCAAUCAAAAAUACGAGCAUUAUCCGAACUUCUAUCGAGCCGGUGGUUUGAAUUCUGGCUACUGGACAACACCCAGUUUCGAUUGUCAUGGCUAUGUCAAAAAAUGGCUCAUCACAUACGCAGCUCCAUUCUUCGGUUGGGAUAGUCUGAAAGUCAAUUUGGAAUUCAAAGGCGUGGUUGCUGUAUCAGUUGAUAUGAUUCAAAUGGACAUAAAUCAAUGUGACGACGAUUACUAUGUGGCCAAUGCAUUCAAGGGUACCCACAAAUGUGACAAAAAAACAUCAUACUGUGUUCCAAUUCUGGGCCGCCUCUUCACCACCGGUGGAUAUAAAUGUGAAUGUUUGCAAGGCUAUGAAUACCCAUUCGAGGACUUAAUCACCUAUUAUGAUGGUCAAUUGGUCGAAGCCGAAUUUGAGAAUAUUGUUAAUGAUGAAAAGACCCGUUUCGAUUUGUAUAAGUGUCGGCUGGCUGGUGCAGCCGGCUUGCAAGCAACACUCUUCACAGUACUCAUCAGUGCCUUAAUACUUUAUACGCUAUCAUUUUUCCGGACGCAGCGUCAAGCGUAAACGUCUACGUAUAUCGCCAAACAGUUUUUCGAAAAUAAACACAUCUAAAAUCAAAUGACAAUUUCAUACAAAGAAGAAAAAAACUGAAAAUGAAAAACCGUUCAUAAAGCAUUCCGUCCAAGAAAGGAGAAAACAAACAAAAAAAUGACAUAAUAGAUAUAAGUGAGUAGUUUGACAGUCAUUCGUACAAAAAGAUGCAUAUAUUUCAUUAGCAGCAAAUAUUUUGCCAAUUACCAAUUGGUAAAUCUAAUCGUAGUUAAGAGAAAUCGUUGACAUUAGGAUAACAUUUAAAAAUUCAUUACCGAUACACACAAAGAUUGUGACGCUAGGCAGCAGCUAUCUUUUUUUCUACACAUUUUAUGGACUUUUUUCUAUAAAGAAAUAGCACAAAUCUUACGUUAACAACGAAACAGAGGAAACGGAAUUUUCUUUCAUGAAUCUCAUGUUAGAACAAUAUUUCCGAAAUUUUUACAAUUUUAUUUGGAUUUUUUUUUUCAAAAUAACAAUUUAUUUCCAUAUCAAUUGAUUUUUUGAUACUAUAUAUUUAAACAAUCUGAGGAAAAAUAAUUACCGUUUAUUGUUGCAGCAAUAAUAAUUUAAGCAUUUGUAAACAUUUCCGUCCUGAUGAUCUGAUUAUUAUUUGUAAAUAAGAUGUGAAUCUGUGAACAUUGAACUAGUUGAAAUAAAGAGGUGUUCUGCCAAUGAA